AUGGAGUGUGGAGAGGAGGAGGCAGAGCAGGAGCUGCUGGCUCGUGUCCAGGGCACACUGGGCUCUGUGAGCCAGGGGCACAAUGUGGCGCUGCUUCUCCGAGGCUGCGAAGGAGAAACCCCUCGACUAGUGCCACAGCUGCUGCAGGCUCUGUUUGAGGAAGGGCUGUCCCACAGGGGCUCUGACAGAGUGCUCAGCACUCUGAGCCUGGUGCAGCUCAGCUCCAGUGGAAGGGCUCGGGACCUCCUUUCUCCAGGAACUGAGAACUUGUCUGUGCUGGAUGUGCCUCCCCUGGGCUUGGUAGUGGAAGAUGCCACUGAAGUGGAAGUACCUGGCCUCAGAGCUGCCUCAGAGCUGUACCUGCAGGUCACAAAGGGCGAGGGCAGAGAUUGCCCCCUGCUGCAGGUGCUGGCUGGUGCAGCUAUUGGUGAAAAAGUAGAGGGCUCUCUACCCUGGAUUAUCUCUUGGCUCCUGGGAGGAAACAACUACAGUUGCCUACUGCUUCGCCUGGAUCCCAAAGGCAGUCCCCUGAGCUUACUCCAGGCUGCUUUGUUGGGGGCUUCCAAGAGGAGGAAGGAAGUGAAAGUGGUGAAGCCCACCCGAUGGGACCCAGAGGAGGAGGCUCGGGCUCGCCGGGCUGGCCUGCGGACACUGCGUUCAGACCUUCUUGGAAGCACCCUGACGAGUGAUGAGCUCAAUCAGCUAAGCCGGGCACUUCGGGAACUACAGGUAGUAAAAACCUGGAACCAGCAUGCAGGACACAGGCUGCUCAGAGACGCUAAAGCAGCGGCAAUGGGGCUUCCAGAAGCACAGCAGGUGAUGGAUUCAGCAGUGGGCUGCAGGUCAAGCCCCCAGCAGGAGCCCCCAGGUAGGUCUAGGGCUUGGAGCGGAGCUUUGGGAAGAACAGCAGGUCUAAGGUCUGGAUCCGACCAAGAGCACCCUCCUGGGAAUUCUGAAGAACAGGCCCAGCAGGCCCCAGAGGUGGCCCUGCAGGUCUUCCUGGCCCAAGCCCGGAGACAAAGGUUACGAGAACAGCACCAAAGUCAGAUCAGAGAAGAGCUGAAGCACUUGGAACAGGAGGAGGAGGAAGUGGCAAGUGACCAGGUCAAAGGCCCAGUGGCUGGAAAGGUGAGGAGGGGUCAAGAGCGGCAGAGAUGGUGCCGGGAGUGCAGAGUGCUGAGACUGCAGCUGGAGGGCCUUCAGGCAGAGCGGGAUGCUGCAGAACACGACCUGGUAGCCCUCUAUGACCUGAACGUGCAGGCCACGCGAGCUCAGACAGGCCACGUGCUACAGGUGUUCCGGGCCUGGCGGCGGCAGUGGGAACAAGAAGCCAUGGCUACAGAGCAUCGCUACCGCAGUCUGCUGGCAGGCGUCCUGCAAGAUGCCAUCAACCUGGCCUCACAGAAUCAGGAGCUCCAACUCUGCACCCAGCAGCUGCAUCAGGGUGCAGACUAG